UCAUUCGGCAAUCAUUCUGAGUGGUAGUGUCGAUAUUUUUAAGUUGUAAACAAGCGAUCGAGGUACCGAGCUGAAACCACAAAGACAUCUUGCGUCUCCCUCGUGAACACUAAUUAAGGGCCGGCAGUGCGGCGCGUUCUUCUCCGUCGCACCUAUACAAAUUCACGUGAGUCUUAGUAACUAAUAAUGUCGCUGCAGCGAACACCGCCGGGCAAAUGUGCAUCCGACACGGAUAUACCCGCAACAUUAGACAUCGGUUUUGUGAACAUUCGAAAACGUAAACAACCCGAUAGUGAUGAAGCGCAAACCAUAGAAUGUAUCGAGAGAUUGUCAAUAACGGUCAGCACUGAAUUAGCUAAAAUUACCUCGGCACUAACAAAUAUUAAUAAUAAUAUGACAAAACUACAAAAUGACAACAUCAAUAUCAAAAAGUCCUUAGGUGUGACCAAUGAUCGGUUAUCAGAAAUAGAAAAAUCAUUAAAUUUCUUAUCAGAAAGACAAGAUGGCUUCGAAACUCGUUUAAAGAUCCUAGAAGACCAAGUUACACACACCUCCGACCUUACGAUUCAAAUGGCCGCAAUGGAAAACAAAAUUUCCUCCAUGGAACAACAGGCCCGUCAGUGUAAUUUAGAGAUAUCUAAUAUUCAAGACCGCCGUGGCGAGAAUUUAAUUCAAAUUGUAGAAAACUUGGGAAAUGCUAUCAAACAACCCAUUAGGGCAGCCGAUGUUGUGGCCGUCCAUCGAGUUCCGCACGCUGACCAAAAAAACACGCGACCUAAAAAUAUAAUCGUUAAAUUCACCUCGAGGAUUCUACGUGAUAAUAUCAUCUCAGCAGCGCGCGCAACAAAAGGACUGAACACAACCAUGCUGUCUAUAACUGGAUCUCCGAUGCCAGUGUAUGUGAAUGAACACCUGACACUCAAUAACAAAAUUUUAUUUCGUCAAUCUCGAGACGCUGCGAAAAAAAACGACUUCAGGUAUGUGUGGGUCAAGCACGGAGUCAUUCUUGCACGGAAAGCUGACACCUCCCCGGUUAUUGCUAUUCGCUCAAACCAAGAUAUCGAGAAGAUCAAAUAAAUUUGAGUAUAUAACUUAUGUUAAGUUUACAUGGACACCUCAUAAUAUAAGUUACAUUCGCUUAUUUAUAUGUAAAGAAUACCUAUAUUUCAUUUUUACCAAAAUAAAAAACAACUUAUUUUGUAACAGAUCGUGGAACACAAGUAGCUACCGCUUCAAUUACCUAAGAAAUCAAAGAAGUUUUAAAUUAUCUACAUUGUACCAUAAUAAACUAGGAAGCUAUUUCUUACUAUUAUUUUUAUUAUUACAACAAUUCAAUAUAUGUUCAUUUCGCACGGCCAACAAUACAAUAAAAUUAAAUAACAAACAAAACAAGGAAACUUAUUUUUCAAAUAUAAAAUACUUCAAUUACCUAAUAUUUAUUCACAAUAAAUUCUGCAGCUAUGGCUAGUACUACAUUAUCUAUUUAUUAUCAAAAUUGCCGAGGCGUACGAACCAAGUUAAACACUGUCUACAUGAACAUUCUGUCACAUAACUAUGAUAUUAUUAUUCUAACAGAGACGUGGCUACGAGAGGAGAUAAGUAAUAGUGAACUAGUCGAUGUUAGGUAUGACG